AUGUCGGCACCUAAGAUCACCCUCUACACUAACCGCCUGUGCCCAUGGGCUCACCGCGCCCACAUCGCUCUCAAGGAGCUCGGUCUCGACUACGAAGAGGUUACAAUUGACUUGAAUACACCUCGCGAACCGUGGUACCUCGAAGUUAACCCACUCAGAGCUAGCAAGCUAAUCGGGAAUCUUCACUCUACUAGCGCGGCCUGGUCCCCAGUCUUAAUCUGGAAUCGUUGCCCAGUUCCUUGCGGAUGCUCACCCCUCACACCUCCUCCCCCCUCCGGCCCCGCGGAGAACGCCCUUUUCCGCGCACGCGUUGCCUUUUUCGUCGACGCUUUCAUCAGCAAGGUUGUCACUCACUUUAAUGCUGGACUUCGCUCUGCAUCCGAGGAGGAGCGCGAUGCCCACGGUGAGGCCUUGGUUGCUGCUGUUGUGAAGGAGAUUGAGCCUCUUCUUGCGGAGACAGAUAGUAAAGGCCCGUUCUUUGGAGGCAAUGAGAAGCUUACUUUGGCAGAGGUCCAAACUGGAUCUUUCCUGCUUCGUAUCUUGGGUCUUACUGAGCAUGGAUUGGUUAGCGCCAAGGUUCCUACUCUUCUAGAGGCUCAGGCUCCACGAUUCAAGCGUUGGGCUGAGGCUACUAUUGCUCAGGAAAGUGUGAACUUUAUCUGGGAUGCGAAGGCCUAUGCAGACCGCGCAAGGGCUCGUCAUGCGCCUAAGAAAUAA